AUCACAUGAACUGUCUUCACAAUCUUCCAGGGUCCAUUUGCUUCAAAUUUGAUUAUGUGCUCUCUCUGUUUUUUUAACUUAUUUUUUUCUGAAUAUGUUCUUAACUUUUUGACGUUUCAAAUCCCAUGGGGUGCCUUUUCAAGGCAUCAAAUUCGACCCAAGAAAGCCCCCUCCAUCUUCCCUAACCAUACUGGGACUGGUGAAUUGCAGUGAUCAACGGCGAACUCUGGCAAUGAAGGCAAUUUCUGGUUCAACAUUAUCAAGUGUGGAGGAGUGCUCCGAAUUUGAGGGGAAGAAAUCAGAGAUUUAUGGUCAUAACAUGACAGAAGCUAUGGGUGCAUUGUUGACUUAUAAGCAUGAACUGGGAAUGAACUAUAACUUCAUUUCUUCAGACCUGAUCGUGGGGUCUUGCCUCCAGACUCCUCAGGAUCCUCAGGAUGUUGACAAGCUUGGUGAAAUUGGAGUGAACACAAUAUUUUGCUUGCUGCAAGAUGCAGAUUUGGAAUAUUUUGGAGUUGAUAUCAGUGCUAUUCGAGAUUAUGUCAAGGCAUGUGGUGAUGUUGAACACUUGCAUGCUGAGAUAAGGGAUUCUGAUUCAUUUGAUUUACGGAUGCGGCUUCCAGCUGUGGUUAGUAAAUUACACAAGGCCAUAAAUCAGAAUGGGGUGUGACCUAUGUACAUUGCACUGCUGGACUUGGAAGGGCUCCUGCUGCUGCGAUGGCAUACAUGUUUCGGGUUCAGGGCUAUAAACUCAUGGAUGCUCACAGAUUGUUGCUGAGCAAACGCACAUGCUCCCCCAAAUUGGAUGCCAUAAAACCGCUGAUAUUCUCACAGGCUUCAAGAAGAAACUUGUUUCUUUUAUAUGGGAAGGUAAAAAUUGCUCUUCUGUGGAAAUGGCCAGACUUGAUAUUGGAUGGGGCCAAGGACUGUAGAUUCUCAGGAGAGAACUGCCAGAAGGACGUUAUGAGUACAAAUACAUUGUUGAUGGAGAGUGGCUUUGCAAUCAAAAUGAGCGGGUAGCUGCGCCUGACAAUGAUGGACAUGUCAACACUUAUGUCGAAGUUGUUGACAAUGAUCCAAGCAGUGUGAGUACAGUGAUUCGUAAGAGGUUAACUGAUGAAGAUCCCGGUCUUAGCGUGGAAGAACAGCUGAAAGUCAAAGAGUUCCUUGAAACCUAUCCUGAUUGUUAAGACGGAACUAACUGAAUGGGCAAGAGUACAAGGCAUCUUGUAGUAUCAUCAUAUAAAUGUCAAAAUUCCUAUGCAAUAAAAGAAUGUAUCAUAU